GAGGAGAAAAAAAUGAAUUACACGCGGCAUAAUAAUAUUGGUGGUGACAGCGCACAAAACCGCUGACGGGGCAGAGAAACUCCUGCCUGCGUAUACACUAGACUGGCGGUGAGCUUGAAGGAUCCAUACACGCUACUCCAAACUGCAAAACAACUGCCUAGUAACAAUGUCGCGAUUAAUCUAUAUACUCUGUCUAUCUAUUUUAAUUUCUGCAGCUUCUAUUCACUGCGUCGACGACAAAUGCGCAGCUUGCAAUGCCGUUGCUAUGGAGCUGGAAAGCGGGCUUGUAAAUGAACGACCGAGAAAUCAUUUGGACAUGAGACACCGGUUGGACUCCAAAGGUCAGCGGAAAGGAAAGGUAAUAGACUACAGAGUGAGUGAAUUGAGAGUCGUCGAACUUCUUGAUGGGCUUUGCGACAAGAUGCAAGAUUACACACUUGAGAAGGUAAAUUCAACUACACAAGUUUGGAUCAAGGUGGCGAACUGGGAUGUUCUCACUACUAAUAAACAAGAAGCUCGAGCAUACUCAAAGGAUAUAUCAUCUUAUUGCGGUCGGUUACUUGAGGAAACUGAAGAUGAGUUUGCAGAGUUGAUCAAAAAAGGAUCUGUUCAGGUAGGAGAUGUAAGGAAGGUUCUAUGUCAAGAUCUCAGUAGACACUGUAACCAAGAGAGUUCCACUGAAGAAGAUAAUGAUGAUCAUGAAGAAUUAUAAAUCUUACUCUUGAGUGUACACAGAAGUCACAAUAUGGACAUUACAGCAGGUUGAAGAUUGUGCAGUGCUACAAAAAAAAAAACUGUAUUUGUUUAUGUGGUAACUGCUGCCAUAUACUAAACCCAUCUCGAUCAUUAGCUGCCACAAAUACUUGUCUAAUUCAUGAAAUCAAAGUUUUGAUUCAGUUAA